AUGAAAGCGAAUUUGGCUACGCUUCUACUGCUAUUGGUUUCAGUUGUUGCUGUUUCUUCUAGACCUCAAGGAUCAGGAACGCUUGGACUAGGAAACACACAGCUAUCACAAACAUCACAGUUGGAAAUACCACUAACUUCACAAGUUCAGCUGCCGGAAACACCACAAUUGCAGGUGAUACAAACUCCACAAUUUCAGGUGCCACAAAUGCAACAAAUGCAGUUUCCACAAGUACUCCAAAUUCCGCAGUGGGAAACGCCACAAGUACCACAGUUGCCACAGGUACCUGUUCCGCCAGAACACCUUCGAGAAAAUGCUGGAUAUAACUGCUAUGGAGAUGCUUAA